AUGAGCAGACUCCCUAGAGCGACUCUUCGCCCCACCUACCUCUUCGCAGCUGCCAUACUAGGCUUCUCAGCAGGGACCACUUAUCAUGCUUGGCCCAGGACGUCUCACGGCCACGUUGACAUCGGCAAAAUGUGGAGGUGGCCACUAAGACAGGUGAAACAAGCGACGAGUCCCGCCCAGCGACAGCACUAUCUGCAGUCCAUGAAGCAGAAACUUCACGACUUCGAUAAGACGGUGGAGACGUGCCAGAAGACCCUCGGACUUGACCGUGAAAGGUUGCAGAAAGUUUUCGGCUUUCAGAGAGCGGCAUCGCCAACCUCUGAGUCUAGUCCAGCGUCCAAGUCGAGAUUAAUCGCAGACGAGGAGACUCUGCGAAGAUGGGAGCAGAGCGAUAUCAACCGGGAAGAAUACCAACGCCGCAAGGAGGAGAGGGAAGCGAGGAGGCCUUCUAAAGCUACAGAGGAAGCACGAGCUGCUGCGCGAGAGAUCUGGCGGCGGACUGAACCGCCAGUCCCGGAUGAGAAGUGGCUGAGGCGCAUGGAGCAGAUCGAUGUUGACGAUGAGGAGCGGGAGCGGCGGAGGAAGGAGAGGGAAGGUCGGCGGAAGGGGAAGUAG